AUGCAGUCUUUCAUCAAAGAAGCAAGCGUCAAGUCUAGCGACGUGUUCAAACUCACCGCCAUCAAGGUUCACAUCGCGGGGUUUUCAACAUCAAAAACGCGACCGGUCCCAAGCUUCCCUCCCAACUCCCCAGGCAACGCAGCCGUUGCCGGCUGGUUCUCGGACUCGAACCAAGGAAAGUUCGAUGCCGAGGAGCUGGAGAAGGCCUCUCCCGACCAGUUCCUGGGCGCUGGCUUCCUAUCUACCACUCGCCCGAGCCUUUUCAGGAAGAACAAAAAGCGCUUCGACGACUUGGAGAGGAAGGAUGACAUCCUUGUGCGUGGCUGGUCCAUGCCGAUGACCGAGGAAACCCGGGCGACUAUCAUCAAGGAGCUCGAAAACUAUCGUAGGGCUUAGGAAGCAAGGUGAGCGGCGAGCGAGG